AUGUCUGCAACCACGAACGAUGGCGGAUUAGAUUUCGCUCUCUAUCGAUACACCCCAUCCAUACCAGCUGCAGCAAUAUUUGCUGGAAUUUUCCUUCUUCUUUCCAUCCUCCACUUAGUUCGACUGGUUCGCAAUCGCACCUACUUCUUCAUCCCGUUCAUCGUGGGCUUAUUAUUUGAAUGUGCCGGUUAUAUUGCUCGCGUUUUUUCCCACUUCGAUACGAUGGCACUUGGGCCAUACAUAGUCCAGACUAUGCUCAUCCUGGUCGCUCCCCCUCUGUUCGCCGCUUCUAUAUACAUGACACUCGGUCGGGUUGUUGUCAAACUCGGCGCUGAAAAGCAAUCUAAGGUUCCAGUUCGCUUUCUCACGAAAACAUUUGUUGUUGGAGAUGUGAUAUCCUUUCUUAUGCAAUGUGGAGGUGGUGGUUAUAUGGCUGCUGGAUCGAUUUCCGCUAUGAACACUGGAGCCAAUAUUGUCGUUGGCGGGUUGGUAGUUCAGCUUCUCUUCUUUGGCUUCUUCGUAGUCGUCUCCGCCGUGUUCCACUGGCGUUUCAAGAGGCAGCCGCGGUAUAUCCAUGUCUCAAGCACACGGUCGCAUGGCCCCGAAACUCGUAUGACAUGGGAGGCUAUGAUGUGGGCGCUCUAUAUCGCAUGCCUUCUCAUUCUAGUGCGAUCAGUCUUUCGAGUCGUUGAGUUUGUUGAGGGAAACAAUGGGUUCAUUAUGCGAAGAGAGUACCUUUUGUACAUUUUUGAUGCGUGUCUCAUGUCCUUGACAGGCAUAGUGUUGAUCAUUGUCUAUCCUGGUUCCUUCCUACCGCAGGGCAGUAAAAGGGAUAGUGAGCUUCAACUUAUGUCGACGGAAGCGUCCGCUCACAGAGAUCCAAUGUCCAAGGCUUGA